AUGAGUUUUCCGGGGACUAACCAGCUGACUGGUACUGUUGGAACCCCUGUGGCAGCUUCUCGCAAGCCCGGAUUGGCGAAAGCAGUCCCGGGGUCCAAUCUGGGGGGCGGUGGCAAUGUCGUUGGCGUUAACUAUCGAGUGGGCAAAAAAAUCGGCGAAGGACUGUUUGGAAUUCUUUUCGAGGGUGUAAAUGUUCUCACUCAGACGCCAGUCGCCAUCAAGUUCGAGCCAAGGAAAUGUGAAGCUCCCCAAUUGAGAGAUGAAUAUCGCAGUUAUCGCAUAUUAGCCGGUACUAAAGGCAUUCCCCAAGCAUACUUCUUCGGGCAAGAGGGCGUUCACAAUAUACUCAUUAUCGAUUUAUUGGGCCCCUCACUCGAGGACCUUUUUGGAUGGUGUGAUCGCAAACUUCUGGUGUCAACGGUAGUGUUGGUGGCGAAGCAAAUGAUUCGCCGAGUACAAGCCAUUCAUGAACAUCAUCUUAUUUACCGUGAUAUCAAACCGGACAACUUUUUAAUUGGACGUCCAGGAACACCAGGUGCUAAUCUUGUGUACGUUGUUGACUUUGGCAUGGCUAAACAAUAUCGCAAUCCGAAGACAAAAGUUCACAUUCCUUACCGCGAAAAGAAGGCUCUUAGUGGGACCGCUCGUUAUAUGCUGAUCAACACCCACUUGGGUCGUGAACAACUGCGGCGUGAUGAUUUGGAACUGUUAGGACAUGUGUUCAUGUACUUCUUGAGAGGACAAUUACCUUGGCAAGGGCUUAAGGCUCCUACGAAUAAGCAAAAGUAUGAAAAGAUUGGAUUAAAGAAACAGCUGACGCUGAUCCAGGACUUGUGUAAACAGUACCCGGUGCAGUUUGCUCAGUAUUUAACUUAUGUUCGCAACCUCAAGUUCGAAGAGACUCCUGAUUAUGAUUAUCUUGUUGAACUCAUAGAUAAGGCUGAUGCCGGUCAACUGGGAGAUGAAUCGGAUGAAUUUUACGCCAAAGCUCAUUAUGAUUGGAUGGAUUUGAAUGGGGGCAGGGGCUGGGAUCUUGCACUCAACAAAAAAGCCAAUAUUGAUGGCUAUGAUACACGGCGACAGCGCCGAAUGCCGCUGGGAAAUGCAAAUAACAUCCAUUCUAACUACAAAAUGGCACAACAGCAUUUGCGCCAUCAGCAACAGCAGUUGCACAACCACCAGGUAUCAAAUUCCAAUAAGGGCUACGGUGCUGUGGGCGAACAUACUCAUUCGCACGAAGACGGCGACGUUCAUCUGGAGGAUCUGGAAUAUCAGCGUCCCCGCAAGGGCUGUUUGAGACGGCUCUUCUUUUGCUUUUAG